AUGGCAGACGCGUGUCAGUCUAGUGUUGGUAUUGAGGCUGAGUUCCUUGUUGCCGUUAGAGUUAAGGGGCGGGACACAGGCACACCUGCCAUAUUCGCUCAUUCCUCAGGAAGUGCCAUUAUCUUAACAGAGACACAGAUGAACAAUAUCAGGGAAAGAGGUUCAUUCGCAGAGGCGCAUAUCAAAAGUACGAUCCAAGCCAAAAUCUCAGAGCGCCCCAAGGGCGACCGCGUAGUCGUCUCCGACGACGAAACACUAACAGACUUCCACAGCUCCCACCUCCGCAACUACACAGACUGGGUCGUCAAAACAGACCCGACGGUAAGUCUAUCGGCGGAACCAGACCAGACCAUCUUCUACGACCCCGACCACCCCUGCGAGUAUUUCGCCAUCGAAAUCACGUCGCCGGCCUUCUGGGCCACCGAAGCGUCAUGGGCCGAAAUCCACGCCGUCUUCAAGACACUCUCGCGCACGUACUGGACACUGAAGCCGCGCACAAGUGCACUUCACUUUCACUACGGCGGAGGUAAGAACUGGAUCCCGCUCGGGCGCCUGCGUCGCAUCGCCGCGCUGGCAAUCGCUGCCGACCCGGUGCUCGCGCAGCUGCACCCGGCGCACAUGCAUGUCAACCUGGCAAGUGCCUGGUGCCGGAGCAACCGACUCUACACAUUUCUAGCGCACGGCAUGACGGCCGCCGAGGCAAAAGAGCGUAUUGGGCGGGUCUUCAGGAGAGCAACGGAACCAGAAACGCCCCCGACUGACGCCGAAAUAGUGAAACACAUGCAAGGACCUUCCAGGGAGACGUUAGGUUUCCAGCCCGUAUUCGCUCGAGGUGAGUUGAAGGGCUUCGAGUUCUCGUCCAAGAUCUUCAAGCAGACAGCCCCCGAGCCCAAGAACGAAGCCGGAGCGAACAAUUCCUCCACUUCGACCCUGCUGCCCGUGAGUAUAGCAACAGCAGCGCGGGAGAUCCUCCACGCGUCGUCUCACGCCGAGGUCCUGGGCGAGCUGAUGAAGAUCCGCGCCCGCGAGGUGGGCCAGGACAGGCCGGCUUAUAACUUUAAUUCCUAUACCAAGGGGCGUUACAUCGCGUUCCCUGCCGGACAGCGCGAUAAGCGGUGGAGCGCUGUCACGGAGCGCACGGUGGAGUUCCGUCUCGCCGCCGGGACACUAAACCCGGACAAGAUCUGGGCAGGCCACGCGAGUCUGGGCGAGUUCUGGGCGCUGGUACGCGAGUGUGCUCUGGGAAAGGAGCAGCCUGAGUUGUUCGACGUGUUCGAUCUGCUUGCGCGACUGGGGCUCGGGGAGCAGGCAAGGGUGCUUCAGAGGUCUGUGGCUGCCUGGAACGGGCGGUCGAUCGUUGAUGAGCAGACCGGGGCUUGGGAGAAAUUGGAUGACGAGACUGUGAUCGCGCGGUACGGCUUCCCGCUGGAUGUUCUGCUUGUGGUGUUGCCCGCUUUCAGAUCACACACAGAGAUCUGGAUACGACACUCAACUAUCAUCUAA